AUGGUCAUAGUGGGUAAACAGCGCGAGGAGAAUGUUGCCGAGCCUGUGCUUGGUAACCUGUUGAUCGAGGACCGUACCCCUUGGUACAAGAAGCCGAAUCUGAGACGACUCUAUUUCAUCUUGUUUCCGGCCUAUUUCGGUAAACCAACCGGAGAUCUUGUGGAUGGACUCCCCGAGUACACGAUCGAAGCCAACCUCAAGGGCUUCCUGGGUGCCGCAUACUCCCUCGGAGCUAUUCUCUCCCUGCCCUUUGUCCCAUACCUCAAUCAGCGAGUCGGACGACGAUGGACGAUCAUGUUCGGUUCAUGCGUGAGCUUAAUCGGAGCCAUCAUUCAAGGCUUGUCUAAUGGAGUGGCUAUGUACAUCGUCGCGCGCAUGAUUCUAGGAUUCGGAAUCCCGUUCUGCAUCGUGGCCGGGUCAUCUUUGCUAGGAGAGCUAGGUUACCCUAAGGAACGACCGAUUCUCACUUCGCUGUUUAACUCCUCCUACUUCAUUGGUCAGAUUAUCGCAGCAGCCGUGGGCCUAGGCACUGUGACCAUUGCGUCCGACUGGGCAUGGCGAAUUCCAUCUCUGCUUCAGAUUGCACCUGCCACGAUCCAGAUCGCGACCGUUAUGUUCCUCCCCGAAAGUCCCCGAUACCUGAUCAGCAAAGACCGCUACGAUGAUGCCUUCGACAUCCUCACCAAGUACCACGCGGAGGGCGACCGCAGCUCCGUCAUUGUCAAGGCCGAACUGGCGCAGAUCGAACGCACCAUCAAGAUAGAGCUGGAAGAAUCAAAGCAAUCCUGGUGGGACAUGUUCCGCACGGCUGGUAUGCGUCGUCGACUGUUCAUCUCCGCGUUCCUCGGCCUGUUCACACAGUGGUCCGGCAACACACUCGUUUCGUACUAUCUUAGCGACCUGCUGAACAUGGUCGGAAUCACCGACGGCGUGGUCAAGUCCAAGAUCAACAUCGGCAUUGCCUGCUGGGGUCUCGUUUGUGGUACCGCGCUGGCGCUGACGGCCCCGCGCUUCAAACGUCGACCGGCGUACCUGACCUGCGCAAGUUGCCUGCUGUGUGUUUAUGUUGGAUGGACCAUCUCCAUGGAGCGCUUCAUGACUACAGAGGCUAGACCUGCCGCCAUUCUGACCAUCUUCUUCAUUUUCGCCUACUCGCCUGCCUAUAACCUCGGUUAUAACGCCCUAACUUACACCUAUCUGAUUGAGAUCUUCCCGUACGUGGGUCGCUCACGCGGUCUUGCCUGGUUCCAGUUCUAUGGCCGCGGCGCAAGCUUCUUCGCCACCUACGUGAACCCUAUUGGUCUUACGCGUAUUGCCUGGAGGUGGCUCCUGGUAUACUGCUGCUGGUUGGUAUUCGAGCUGGUGUUUAUCUUUUUCUUCUUCCCUGAAACUUCGGGCCGCACUCUUGAGGAGCUGUCAUUCAUGUUCGAGGACAAAGAGAAGGCCAAUCAGGUCGCUGCAGCCGUUCACAAACAGAUCGAUGAGGAUGACAAUAAAAAUGUCACGGCGCAUGUGGAGCUCCAAGAGACCAAGGCUGUUUGA